UCUAACACACACAGUCCCAAACCUGACUAUCAACCAUUCGGAUCCCCAGUAGGAGAUUGGGACUAUCUGUAAUCGCACGUUUUAAAACUUCUGACGCAUAAACAUCCUUCAGACUUGUGGUUUGCCCCAUAUCGUCCGGACUAUACUUUUUCCCCUCCUGCUUAACAAGACAUUGGAGAAGUGGACUGGUUCCUGCCCCUCUUGCUCCUGCGCUCUCCAGCAAGUUCCACCUUAUCUGUCGGCUCUGUUUUUAAAGAUUUGUAUUGCAUUUGUGUGAAUUUGUUGGUGCAGAUCCCUUCGGAUGUUUUAAGGAUCCGGCAAACUGUAUAUGGAAGUUGUGGGGCGCAAGGUGAAAGAAAGCAGUUGCACAUUGCGUCCAGCAGCCAUGCUUUUCCACGGCAUCUCUGGGGAUCAUAUUCAAGGGAUCAUGGAGGAGAUGGAGAGGAGAUCUAAAACGGAGUCUCGUCUGGCUAAAACAGUCCAGAUGAACGGGCGAGAGACGACGAUGCCCUCCAUGAGUCCAGAGAAGCCUGCCUUGUGCGCCGGCUGCGGUGGCAAAAUCUCCGACAGAUACUACUUACUCGCCGUUGAUAAACAGUGGCAUUUACGGUGUCUGAAGUGUUGUGAAUGUAAACUGGCCCUCGAGUCCGAGCUGACGUGUUUUGCAAAGGAUGGCAGCAUUUACUGCAAAGAGGAUUACUACAGAAGGUUCUCCGUGCAGAGAUGUGCCCGCUGCCACCUCGGGAUCUCCGCCUCGGAAAUGGUGAUGCGCGCCAGGGACUCCGUGUACCAUCUGAGCUGCUUCACCUGCACCACAUGCAGCAAAACACUGACCACGGGUGACCAUUUCGGCAUGAAAGACAACUUGGUUUACUGCCGGGUUCACUUCGAGACCCUUAUUCAGGGAGAGUAUCACCCUCAAUUAAACUACGCUGAAUUGGCGUCCAAAGGCGGAGGGCUUGCGAUGCCUUACUUCAAUGGCACCGGCACGGUGCAGAAAGGAAGGCCUCGGAAGAGAAAGAGUCCGGCGAUGGGGAUAGAUAUCGGCAGUUACAACUCAGGUUGUAACGAGAACGAAGCAGACCAUUUGGAUCGGGAUCAGCAGCCCUACCCUCCUUCCCAGAAAACCAAACGCAUGCGUACAUCGUUUAAACACCAUCAGCUUCGCACCAUGAAGUCUUACUUUGCCAUAAACCACAACCCUGAUGCCAAGGACUUAAAACAACUUGCCCAAAAGACAGGCCUGACCAAGAGAGUUCUUCAGGUUUGGUUCCAAAACGCACGGGCCAAAUUCAGAAGGAACGUUUUGCGGCAGGAGAAUGGGGGUGUUGAUAAGGCUGACGGCACGUCACUUCCACCGCCCUCUUCCGACAGCGGUGCUCUGAGCCCACCCAGCACGGCCUCAACACUAACUGACCUGACCAAUCCCUCUAUCACCGUAGUAACAUCAGUGACCUCUAGUUUGGACAGCCACGAAUCUGGGAGUCCCCCACAAACUACCUUGACAAACCUUUUCUAACACAGAUUUGUUUUUGUCUUUUAUCCCCAUUUAUUUUCAGAUUUUAUUUUUAAUUUUUUGUCCACAAAAAACACCCUUCGGCAACCAGAGACAGACCUUUGGAAAAUAAUGUAAACACAAAUGAAAGACAAGAAGACCUACUAAAUGUGUAGCAUUUGCAACCACGUGGCAGCUGAGUUUGUAGUACUUGUCAAUUAUAUGUUUUUGUGUUAACACUUUUAAAUCUGGGCAGUCAUGUGAAUUGGGACAGUGAGCGCUUAUACAACUGAUAUUCAGGGUUUGACUUUUUUUUUCUUUUUACUUUAUUUCUCCACAAAAAAAACAUUUAUAAUGUGAUUUUCAGUUUUCUGCAACACAUUAAACACCGACUAGAUUUACUGAAAAACAAUAAAUAAAUAAAAAAAAUAAAAACAGUAAAUCAACGUACAUGGUUUACUGAUUAGUGUACUUUAGCAUUUCUGGUAUGGAAAUCUAAAUAUAUUUCUAAGAAUUUGCUGUCAUAAUUUAAAUGAAAAUUAUUUAAUUUCAAAUAAAUUUUAGAAUUUAAAUUUGUUUAUUCCAUAUUUGAAGGUAUUCUUAAUCAAACAAUUACUACAAUUACUUGCGUUCUGCAGGGAUUUAACAGAAUGAAAAAAAUUUGAACAGGAAAUGGUUUUAACAAGUUCUAUCCCAAAGAGAUCAUUCUAGACUUUUUAGAUCACAGUAGCCCUCAAGUCAGAACUCAAAUGCCAGGUGGAUGCUGUAACCUCACUUUAGGUUCAUUCUGUCUUUGACACUAGAUUGCAUCGAAUAACUGUUGAUUGAUAACUGUUCAAAAUAUUACUACCGAAUAUUCCAAAAAGUGGUGGAAAAUCAAUUCUUUACAUUAUAUUUUCAGUGUGGCCUACAUUUGAAUUAAAUAACUAAAAGAGCACAUUUAACCCUAAUUCUAAUUUAAAUGCUCAGUGACACUAUAGUACCCAGUAGGAUGCAUUGCACUGUGAUUUGUGAAUGUUCAGCUCUUAUUAAUUUUAUUAAUUCAGAAAAUUCAGAAUUCAGGCUAAUUAGAGGAGAAAAAUCGGUCACUUAUUUUCUUUCCCCCUACUUGUUUUUUCCUCCUGCCACAAUUUUAAAGCAUAUUCUUUUAUUUUAUUCUUAAACAGACCCUUGCCACUGAACAGACCAAAAAAAUAUUUAUUGUGGGCUUGGAGGCUCAAGUGCGGGACAGUUUAGUAUCGGCCGGGCUCUUAUAGGGUGAAACAUUUCCUUGUGUGAUGACAAAUUUGUUCUGUUGUAGAACAAAGUGGUACACUAGAUCUACUUCAUGAAGUAGAUGCUUAACUCAGUUUUACUAUGUGCCUUAUGCGAUUACUUGGAAAAGAGUUUGUGAAAUUCAGGAGAUACAUGUUUGUUUGUUCGAUGAUUUACAUCCUUGGAACGCCUCACUAGUUUUGUACUGUUCUGUUUUUCAUCUGAUUUUUUUAAUGGUGUAUUCUGUUACAAGGGGGCAGCGAUGUCAUAGAAAGCAGUUGUGCACUCUCAGAUAUAGUUGGUAAAUCCGAGAAUCAUAUAUAUUGAUCUUCGUGUUAAUAGUACAGUACGUGUUCUAUCAAGAUUGUCCAUGUUUCCUUGUUUCUUGAAAAAAGAUGGUGUAUAGAAACUAUUUCCCCUUAAAUAUUUAUGGACCAAACAAGUUGUUAUAUCUUAUUAAAUUUGUGUGAAUAAAAAAAAUACUUUGCUUUACAAGAGUUUUACUUUUCAUUACACAAACCAUUUUUAUGUUGCUUCUCAGAUUUAAACUUCUGCUCACACCAGAAAAACAUGACAGAUCGAACAGAUAGCAAAACAAACUCCUUGCACAUGUCUUGCUUUCAUUCUGACAUCGAUUUUAAAUUUGAUCUGUUUAUUGUUACAAAGUAAUGCCCCAUGGAUUUGAACCAAAUGCCCUGUAGUCACAAGCGAAUUGGAAAGAAAAAUGCUUUUUAAUGCAUGAACAUGGCUAUAAUACAAAUCAAAGGAAUGCUAGAAAGCAUAUAGUACAAAUAAACCUCUCAAAGCAAGGUUGCUCUGUAG